AUGCAGAGCGCUGUAUAUGCAGCAACGACUCUCACCGAGAAGCCAUGGAAGGCUCUGCAGCAGAAUGGACUAUGGCGCUGCCAAGACGCCGAACGCACAGAGCGCACAUUCCUUCCACACUCGUUUUUUUCCACGGAGGCAGACAAGCCACAUCGAGCUGUCAAGCAGAUUCGACUCGAGCGCCGGAAUGCCUUGCGACAGCGAAAGCCUGGGCUGCAUGAUCUGCGUUGUUCCAACCUGUGCGACAGCGGACGUCGAAAGUCUCCUGGGUGGAGUGUCGACGUGGACAAUCGCAAAAGGGCAGUCAGAACCAGAGCGAAGCCAAACGAAGCAACAGAAGGCAAGCGAGAAUGGGCGAGCUGCGCGAGCAAAAGCGGCGCGAACGGCAAAGCCACCCCGCGCAUCGACGAAACAUUUGACCCCUGUGUUGGUUCCGGCUCAGACGACACGCAGCGAGGCAGAACGGGAGAGGCCGAGACGCGCGUGGAAAGUGGGUGCGCAUCACGGCCUUCCAAAGAGACACAAAGCGAUCUGCAAGCGCCGAAAAAAGUGGGGGCGUCAAUCUUGAUCAACUUCCACGUUGCUCUUCACCAUCACCAUCAUCACUAUCGCAAACCUGCCUCCGUUCACGGUGACGUUCGAAACAUCAUCAUGAGCAUCACAGAAAGCAUGCAGUCGACUGCAGCACCGAACAAGAUGCCGACCAAGCAACUGCCACGACCAAGUCAUCACCGCGUACGCCGAGGUCAAAAGCUGGACGAGAUCGUCUCAUUGUCCGAGCAGAGGCUCAGCCGGUUUGCGUCCGGAUCGUCAGAAUCAAAAGGCAGCACAUCGCAGUCUACCUUCUCGCCAGCAUCAUCGUCCUCUCCAUCAUCCGUGAACGCGUCCGAGUCUGAGGCCUCUUCCAGCAAUUCUGGCGGUGACAGUGCAUUUCAGCUGCAAGAGUACCUCGCCAUGCUGGUGCGUCGCGAUCCACACAACGUUGAACUCAUCACCUCACUGCCAACCGAAGCCGACAUCGAGUCCCUCAAUGCAGACAAGGGCAAAGCCAAGGACGAGCCCGAAGACGACGGCAUGCUCCAAAACGUAGACACCGACGUGUGGGUCUACGAGCAGCUCCGUCGCCUCGUGCUCGACCUCACCACUCCUUGGCUCACCUCUCUCCAACAGGAGUGCGACAAACAUGCUCGACCUCAGACCUGCGCCGCCAUGAAUGCGGGCGAUUGGAUGUACCUUUGCGCCUCUCACGGCGAGGAGAAGCAGUGCUGUGCCAUCGACUACAUGGUUCACACUCUCGACGGCGCCACUUCGCUCCUCAACUCGGCACGCCACUUCCCAAGUCGAACCUACGUUCCGAACACCAGCCUUCGUCACUUCGGCAGCAUCGCACGACGUCUCAGCCGCAUCUUUGUUCAUGCGUGGUGCUACCACAAAGACACAUUCCUUGCGUGCGAGGCAGAAACCUCGCUCUACUCACGCUUCCUGGUCCUCGUCGAGACAUACGAUCUCACAGCGACAGACAACUUGCCUCCACGACCCGGACAAGGGUCGGACGCCAGCGAUGCGCAAGAACAUGCAGAUGCCUACGAGGUCGGUGACGCAGCCGAGUUCUCGCGUGGCACUUCGUCAGCACCCUUGUUCACGUUAAACGGCACCACAGCGAAGAGGGAGAGGAGCGGGACGGCAGCGAUGCGGUCCUCGCUCGCCCAGAGCUUGCAACAGGGACCGCAGCUGCAACUGCAACCGGAGGUGACGCCGUCGUCGUCGACAGCGAAACAGGUGGAUGCGGUAGGCUUGGUUCCACCACCGGCACCUAGUCCGAGGGCUACGGCGACCUUGAGCAGACCUGAUCACGAGGAAGGCGAUGCCGAUGCUCCUGCUUGGACUACGCUUGCGCAACGGGUCAAGGAAGGCUCCGGUCAGGAGGAACAGGAUGAUGAGGAUGAGGACGAGGAGGAAGAAGAAGACGAAGAGGAAGAAGGCGAUCCGGAGGACCGCACGCAGAAGAUCGAAAAGGUUGAUGAAGACGCCACCAUUUCAUUGCGCGGCUUGUCGAUGCAGGAUGAUUCCGAGACCGAGAAGAAGGAUGGGAAAAGCGUUUCGACGGAAAUUGUGACUGGUGCACAGACGGAAGAGACUUGA